GGAACACCCACAUAUUUCACGUAGAGGAAAAAAAAUUCUGGAUUCUUCUCGUCCCCUUUUUGGCCCAAUUUCUCACCCACAGAGCCUAAAGAGUCUCAGCUUCGUCUCUACAAAAUCCAAAGGAAGCUCAAACACUACUCACGCUUAAACCUUUCACUUUAGCACUCUCCGUUCUUGCCCUAUUCAGCCACCCCCUAUAUAUAUAUACCCUCACAGAAAGAGAGAUUUUGUAUAUUUCUAACCCAUCUUUGUAAUCAAUAAAAACCCUCCUGAGCGCAACAACAACUGAAAACCUCGCAUCCAAUUUCUUCCUCAGCGACAUUGUUUUUGUCGGAUUCUUCGUAGGUUUCGUACAAUGUCGGGGUGCGGUGGGGUUUCGAUUGCCCGAGCCCGCGGCGAGAACCGAUUCUAUGUUUCUCCGGCGAUGCGAAAGCAGCAGCAGCUACAACAGCAGCAGCAGCAGCAGCAACAAAAGCAGGACCAGCGGCAGAAGCAGGGGUCGUUGAUUUCCAAGAAUUGUACGGCGGCUAUGGAGAAGAGAGCGGAGUCAGAUCAAUGUGUUUCGUUAUCUUCGUCCUCAUCGAUGUCAAAUUGUUCGGCUUCGGCACGGGUAGGGGGCGAGGGUAAUUCAACAAAUUUAGAUCGGUUCUUGGAGUACACUACUCCUGUGGUUCCUGCCCAAUAUUUGCCAAAGACAAGCAUUAUGGGAUGGAGAAAUCGUGAAGCAGAGUAUUACCCUUACUAUAUGCUGGGUGAUCUAUGGGAAUCUUUUAAAGAGUGGAGUGCGUAUGGUGCGGGUGUUCCCCUUCUGUUAAAUGGAAGCGAAACUGUUAUGCAGUACUAUGUUCCUUCCUUGUCUGGCAUUCAGCUGUAUAUAGACCCAUCAAGACCCUGUCCAAGGCUAAGGAGGCCUGGUGAGGAAAGUGAUGCUGAGUCAUCCAGGGAAACCAGUAGUGAUGGUAGCAGUGACUACAGAGCAGAGAGGGGAGUAAACAAUGGUGCUUGGGGCUCUUGGAUUCAGCAAAAUAUUACAGAUGCAAAUAUUCAGAGUUUGAAUAGACUCUCACUGAGAAAUAAACCUGUCAGAGGUUCAUCAAGUGAUGAAUGUGAAAUUUCCAAUCCCACAGGUCAGCUUAUUUUUGAGUACAUGGAGCAUGCUUCACCAUUUACUCGUGAACCAUUGGCUGACAAGAUCUCAGAUCUUGCGACUCAGUUUCCAGAACUCAAGACAUAUAGGAGCUGUGAUCUGUCACCCUCAAGUUGGAUUGCUGUUGCAUGGUAUCCCAUAUACAGGAUCCCCGUGGGUCAAACGCUGCAGAAUCUGGAUGCCUGCUUUUUAACCUUCCAUUCUUUAUCAACACCCUUUCAAAGUCAGAACACCGAAGAGAUGCACCUUCACGGUUUUAGUGUUAGGGAAGUUCCAGGUGCUGAUAUGUCAUUCAAGCUACCUUUGCAUACAUUUGGUCUUGCUUCCUACAAGUUUAAAGUUUCAUUUUGGAACCCAAAUGGAGUUUAUGGAUGUCCAAAGGUCAAUUCCCUGUUGCGGGCUGCUGACAACUGGCUUAAGCGUUUGCAAGUAAACCAUCCUGAUUUUACGUUCUUUAUCUCCCACAACUCAAACUGGAGAUGAUUGGGAGUUCUUUGAUGGAGCUAUGAACCUGAAAUGAAGGGAUGCAUAUUAGGACCUUCAGUCCUGAAAGAGAACCCUAUUCCACAAUGUUCUUUGUUUUUAAUCAUAUGAAUUUGUUAACGAUCAGGAUUCCCAGCCUAAAGUUAAGUUGGCUACGAAACCGUGUUCCCGUACUGAACAGCCAAAGAAUGAUCUUGAGUGUUGACUUUAAUGUGGGGCAUUACAUAUUCAGAGAUAUUUGAAGAGGCUUUGUGAUUGAUAGUCAUUACCCCUUAUGGUGUAUUGAUCUAUGUAUUGUUUUGAACUUACAGUUGCUACAAUUUUUGAAUAAGGUUUUCAGAAGAUGAUGAAAAAAAUUUAAGUGAUUUUUGUAA